CAUGCAGUUCUCUUCCUCUUUCGUCGGCCAACGAUUUCACAUAGCCUGCAACAGAAGCAUUCGAAUAAUCAUCAUCAAAAUGGUUGGAACCACUUUAAGCGCUGAGCAAAAGAAACAGCUCAUUACGCGCAAUCUGCAGGAGACGUUGGGCGAGGAUAAACUCAACAAGGUGCUGCAGGAGCGCGAUUUGAAAAUCUACUGGGGCACAGCAACAACAGGCAAACCACAUGUCGCCUACUUUGUGCCCAUGUCCAAGAUUGCCGACUUCCUCAAGGCUGGCUGUGAGGUGACUAUUCUGUUUGCCGAUCUGCAUGCCUAUCUGGAUAACAUGAAGGCACCAUGGUCGCUGCUGGAGUUGCGCACACAGUAUUACGAGCAGGUGAUCAAAGCCAUGUUGAGCUCCAUUGGAGUGCCGCUGGACAAGCUGAAGUUUGUCAAGGGCAGCGACUACCAGUUGUCCAAGGAGUACACACUCGAUGUCUACAAACUCAGCUCGCUGGUGACCAUUCACGAUGCCAAAAAAGCAGGCGCCGAAGUCGUUAAGCAGGUGGAAUAUCCGCUGCUCUCGGGUUUGUUGUACCCAGGAUUGCAGGGCUUGGAUGAGGAGUACCUGAAGGUGGAUGCACAGUUCGGUGGCGUGGAUCAGCGCAAGAUCUUCACAUUCUCCGAGAAGUAUUUGCCACAGCUGGGCUACGAGAAACGCAUUCACUUUAUGAAUCCCAUGGUACCCGGCUUGGCGGGUGGCAAGAUGUCUUCGUCGGAGGAGGACUCUAAAAUCGAUCUGCUCGAUUCGCCCGCAAAUGUCAAGAAGAAGCUGAAGAAGGCGUUCUGUGAACCCGGAAACAUUGCUGACAAUGGUUUGCUCUCUUUUGUGAAGCAUGUGCUCUUCUCGCUCUUCAAAGAGGGCGAAGGCUUUGAGAUCAAUCGUCCAGCUGACAACGGUGGUGAUGCCACAUUCCUCAAGUACGAGGAACUGGAGCAAUACUAUGCAGACAACAAACUGCAUCCUGGCGAUCUGAAGGCAGCUGUGGAGAAGUACAUCAAUCGCUUGCUUGAUCCUAUCCGUAAGGCAUUCGAGACGCCUGAGUUGCAAAAACUAACUGCCGCUGCUUAUCCACCACCUGCCAAGGUGAAAGCGAAUGCGCCAGUUGCUGCUGCUGCUGCUGGUGAUGAAGAUGCGCCACAUCGUCUGGACAUACGUGUGGGCAAAGUGCUUGAAGUGUCGCGUCAUCCCGAUGCUGAUACUCUCUAUGUGCUGAAGAUUGAUUUGGCGGAGGCACAACCUCGCACCAUCAUCAGCGGUCUUGUGAAGUUUGUCACCGUGGAGGAGCUGGAUCAGCGUCUGGUCGCUGUGCUCUGCAAUCUGAAGCCUUCCAAGAUGCGUGGCAUCCUAUCCGAGGGCAUGGUGUUGUGCACCUCCAAUGCUGAUCACACCGUCGUGGAGCCCAUUGUGGUGCCAUCGAAGGCUGCGGCUGGCAGUCGUCUGGCCUUUGAGGGCUACAGCGGCACACCCGAUGAGCAGCUGAAUCCCAAGAAGAAGGUCUGGGAGAAACUGUCCGUCGAUUUGAAAACUAAUGCCGAUGGUGUUGCCGUCUGGAAGAACAACUUUUUGCUGACUACGGAUGGAGAGCAGCUAACCAGCAAAUUGGCCAAUUGCGCGAUUAAAUAAACCAGAAUGUCCAGUCCACACCUGAGCCCUUGUAAUACUUAUAAACACACAUAACUAAGCCGACAGUUCACACGCAGCGAAAUGCAUUUUUAUAUAAUACUGCUUUUUAUUGUGUAUUUUUGAAAUAUGAAUGAAAAGUUAAUUAAAGCUAUUUAAUUGAAGUGUACAA